CCCGAUUACCCCUUUCUCUGAGCCUAUGCCUAUCUACGCAUGCGCAUCUGUCCAUCUCCCGUUAUGGAUUUCGUUACCCCUUCGCAAGACAGCAUCGCCAUCUUCAACCACGUUACUUUGGAUUAGAAUCAACCGCAGAGCAGAGCAAAGCCGAGCCCAGCUGUGUGUGGAAUGACAUGGUUGCGAUCAGUGUCAAAAUCUUGAGAUCCAUCUCAGUUGUCAUUGCGUGCCUGCUGAUUGGUGCGAUCUGGUUCUCACUUUCUUCUUCGUCUCCCUACUCCCAGUGGAGAUCCUCUGCCUUCAUUCCCACAAUGUCCGCUGUGCAUGCGGAGAAAACAGAUAUAUGGAGUGUUCCAAGGAUUGUUGAUUGGCGACCUUGCAGAUGGUGGCUUCGAACACAUCUAACUGCUCUUCCAGCACAGAACAAUGGGUAUAUUCGAGUGGAUUGCUAUGGUGGUCUUAAUCAGAUGAGGAGGGAUCUGUGUGAUGGUGUUGGUAUCGCACGCUUGCUGAAUGCAACUAUUGUGUUACCAAAGUUUGAAGUGGCUGCGUAUUGGAAUGAAUCAAGUGGAUUUGCAGAUGUAUUUGAUGUUGAUUACUUCAUUCAGCAGUUGAAUGGCUUUGUCAGAGUUGUGAAAGAAUUGCCAGCCGAGAUAGCAUCUGAAGAACCAGUCAGGGUGGACUGUAGCAAACGCAAAGGCCAAUUUGAUUAUGUCGAAAGUGUCCUUCCUUCUCUGCUCAAGCAUCGUUAUAUUUCAAUCACUCCAGCAAUGAGCCAAAGGAGGGAUAGGUAUCCCCUGUACGCAAAGGCUGCCCUUUGUCAAGGUUGUUACAAUGCUUUACGCCUUACCAGAUUCUUGGAGAAGAAGGCCACUGACCUUCUAGAUGCCAUACCCAAACCCUUCCUGUCCCUUCACCUACGAUUUGAACCUGACAUGGUAGCCUAUAGUCAAUGCGAGUAUUCUGGCCUUUCUCCUGCUUCAAUGGAAGCUAUAGAGGCUGCACGUGGAGAUCGGAAACCCUGGACUGGAGAAGUUGCCCGUGUUUGGAGAAAUCGUGGGAAAUGCCCCCUUACUCCUACAGAGACGGCUUUUAUCCUUAAAGCUCUUUCCAUCCCAACAAACACAAACAUUUAUUUGGCAGCAGGUGAUGGUCUGAUGGAACUUGGAGGGUUAACCUCUGUAUACACCAAUAUUUUCACCAAAGCAACCCUUCUUAGUGGCGAGGAUUUUGCUAGCAUGCACGGGAACACCAAAGCCGCUCUCGAUUAUUAUGUAUCAAUCAAUAGCGAUGCGUACAUGGCUACUUAUUUCGGGAACAUGGAUAAGAUGGUAGCUGCAAUGCGGGCUUUCAAAGGGCUGUUCAAAACUCUUUUCUUGAGCCGGCAUGCUUUCGCUGAGUACACUUCUCAGGGCUUGAGGGGGAAGGAGCUGGCAGAAGCCCUGUGGAAGGCUCACAGAGAUGAUUAUGUGAUGGGAAGAGGUUCUGCUUUACCGGAGUGUUUUUGCGAAUCUAAACUAUGAGAGAUCUGGUUUUCUUUCUGUUGUAUUAAUUUUUCGCCUCCUUUCCAUUUCCUUUUGGUUUAGUGACUGGUGAGGCCAACUUGUUUUCAGAGGUAAAGAUUUCAGGAUGAAGAAAGAUAAGUCCUUGCAAAUUUUUAUCAAAGUUUCCACCCAAUUUUGUAAUAUUUUGUCUUCAGCCCACAAGUUUUGCUGUGGUGCACUGUUGAGAUGAAAACUGAAUCAACCAGACUGUUUCCUCGUUAA